AUGAAUUUUGGACAGUUGAUUAUAAUAUCAAAGAUGAUGAUGAUUGGUAAGAUCUUAAGAAUUCAUCAGAUAUCUUCUGAACAGGUAAAGGAUGAAUUCUUUGAUGCAUUUUCUAAAUCUGAUGCAUUUAAAGAAAUAGAUCACAAUACGCUUUUGGAAGCAUUAGCUAAUCCUAAAAAGAUUGAAAUUUUUAUGAGUAGCAUGAGUAUUAUUACACAUUUUGAUCUUCAAAUACUAAGACAAAAAUAA